GGGCCCCUGCACAGCACACUCAUUUGUGUCUGACCCGGAGCCUUUCUGAGCCCUUAUUCCUGCAGCUGACCUCAGGACCACACCACAGGACAUGGGGACUUGGAGCUUGUCCGAGGCAUCUCCAAUCCCUGCAGUUACUGCCCCUGAGGCCAGACCAAAAUCCUUGACCAGGAGACUCCUGUCCUUGUGGCAGGAGCCUUCAAGAGCCGACUGCAGGACUUGCUGUCCUAUAGCCUUGCCCGGACUUGAGUCUUGCAGGUGCCUUCCAGGCACGACUGCAGGACUUGCUGACUCGGAGCUUUUCCCAGGCAUCUCUCCUGCAAGUAGCCAGAAAUCCAGUCACUGCCAUGGAGCAGCGACCCCCGAGAGUGCCCAAGUUGGCCUGGGUUGAAGAGGAGGAAGAAGGCCCUCAAACUACCCCAUCACAGGAGACUGAAGAGGUGCAGCCAUUCCAGCCACUGCAGGAGGAUGCAGCCAUGGAUGGCACACAAGAGCAGGACACCGCCCGUGGCCGCUUCCGCAGAGCAGCGCAGUUUCUUUACCAAUUCAUCACGAGAAUUGGCAAGGAAGACACCAGUCCCAUGGACACUGAGGUCAAAGCAUCCUCAGAUGUCUUGGAAGAACAGAGCAGCGCUGCCCAGCUGGAUUUGCUUGUAGAGACGGCUCUUUCUAGUCCAGAGCAAGUAAGCAGCCUGUGGCCAGCCUUUGAUCCUCCAGCAAUUCCUUGGCUUUCCCAAGCCACUCUUACUGGUGCCCGCUGUGGUGAGGUACACAUCUACCAGUGGCUCAUGGCCAAUGAGUCUGCUGAGCACAAGAUGGACUGGGCCCUGAUGCAAGUGGCCGAGGCAGAGCCCGAUGAUGUGGCCAUCACUCUCCUGCAGGUGGCCCCAACGUGUGACAGAGCUGCUAUGGCCAUGUGGACGACCAUCUUGUUCUCGCCCUGGAUUGCAGAGGAAGUGACACCACUCCUCAUCAAUGUGGUGGGGAGCUGGCCGCAGAAAAACCUGGGCACCUCUGAUGGGGACAAGACGGCUGUCUUUUCCCUGACUGCACUGGCCACAAACCUGGCCUAG